CCACAGUUGGGGAAUCUGAAAAAAAAAAAAAAACAAGUGGCUGUUAAGUCUUUGUUAGGCGCCGAGUUAUAGCUUGGUCGACUCAGCUCGACUCAACUCUGAUCCUCCUAGAAACUCAGCCAUGGCGUCCCUUCACACGACGAUAACUCCACAAAGCUUCCUUUAUUUAUCAAAGCCUCGAAAACCCAUUUCUAGGCAGGCCUUACCUUUCCCAUUAACCAGCUCAAAGCUCCCUGAGAGCCUUACUUUCUCGAGAAACAAAUGGAGAAAGAACAGCAACAGGAAGGCCAACUCGGUGGUGGUGAACUCAUUAGCUGAGGAGCUUGAUGUGAUACCAGUGCAAAGUGAGGAUGCUACUGACAUGCAAGAAGGAGUCGCGGUGAGUCAGGUGGAGAGUGAAGCCACAGGAGGAGAGUUAACGAGUCAAGUAGGUGGGUUUGGCAAUGAAGGAAGGUUAUCUUUUGAAGGAUUUUCUGCUUCAGGUUCAGCUUCAGGGAGUGGAUUUGGAGAUGGAGAAGGAGGUGAGGAGGAUGUGGAGAAGCUUAUAGAUAGAACUAUUAAUGCUGCUAUUGUCCUUGCUGCUGGUACUUUUGCCCUUACCAAGUUGCUUACCAUUGAUCAUAAUUAUUGGCAGGGAUGGACACUGUAUGAGAUACUAAGAUAUGCACCUCAACAUAACUGGAGUGCUUACGAGGAAGUUUUGAAGACAAACCCUGUUUUAGCAAAAAUGGUUAUUAGUGGAGUUGUCUAUUCCCUAGGGGAUUGGAUUGCACAGUGCUUUGAAGGGAAACCUCUCUUUGAGUUUGAUCGUUCGCGAAUGUUCAGAUCUGGCCUUGUUGGCUUUACUCUGCAUGGUUCCCUGUCUCAUUACUAUUACCAAUUCUGUGAGGAGCUUUUUCCCUUCCAAGACUGGUGGGUGGUUCCUGCAAAAGUAGUUUUUGACCAAACUGCAUGGGCGGCAGUCUGGAAUAGCAUUUACUUUACAGUUUUGGGAUUUUUGCGGCUUGAAUCUCCAAUCAGUAUUUUUAAUGAAUUGAAGGCAACAUUCUGGCCUAUGCUGACUGCUGGAUGGAAGCUUUGGCCAUUUGCUCAUCUUAUCACUUAUGGUGUUAUACCGGUCGAACAAAGGCUUCUUUGGGUGGACUGUGUAGAACUCAUUUGGGUGACAAUUCUCUCAACUUAUUCAAAUGAAAAAUCGGAAGCAAGGAUCGCAGAGGCACCAGCAGAAGCUAAUUCAAGUUUGCCACCCAUUGGUCUGUCUGAGGAGCAAGUAAUGAGAUAAGUUAAAAGAUGGAAAAAGAGGAGGAUAUCAGGGAUUGACACUUGAGAGUAGAACCCCCAUUCUGAGGGUGUUUAAUCACUUGCCAGAAGCACUGGUGAAAUGAGGCUCGACAGGCUCAUCAUCGAACAUAUCGCGUAAAAUGGGAAAUUACAUGCGUAUGUUACGUAAUACCAUCUUCUUUUGAUUGCAUGUAUGUAAAUUCUACAUAUACUGUUCGAGAUAUUGUGACCACUAACUGUGGAAAUAUCAUGAUAUAGUACCAGAAAAUUUCUAUGGAAAAUAGAAAUUUCCAUGCAAACUAUUCUUCGCAUUGUAGUUGUUUACUUUGAUAAACCCAAACAGGUUUCCAUCACAAGAAUUUCCGAAUGGUCGCUAUGAAAACAAAUGAAAUUAGCCACCACAUGUAAGUACUGGUCCACUUUCAGUGCUUGUUGCACUCAAGUCUGUCGCAGCAAUGUUCCAAGCCUUCGACCAAGAAUCUAUAACUGAAGAACUGUCAUCAUCAGGAAGCAUUUGCCAUAGCAUGCGCUUGUGUCGUCCUCCUGGAAAACAGGCCUUGCCCAUGGAACUCUGAUGCAUACCAUUCACAACAUAAGAACAGGAAUGGACUUGAUGGAGGGGAUGACUCUUGGAAAACAAAUUAGGCAAUGUCAUAGCGGUUUGCAAUAUUGCGUCACAUCACCUGUCUUCUUCUACAAUCAUAGCUACAACCUACUUUCAUUUGCUGUCGAAACUUGUGGUACCCUGGACUUUCUGUUGGAUAUAUGGUGUUGACACUGAAUCCCUUUAGCAUUAACACCCUAACACCAAAUUCCUUUAGCAUGGAACAAAUAAUACCAAGAACAGCCAAAAUCUUUGUUGGAGUAGUUGUUGUAACUUAAAAAGCAAGUGAGCAACUUAAUUGUUAG